CCUUGUGAAGCGCCUAUACACGAACUAUACAAACUUGUGAAUAGUGUGCGAUAGAUCGGACUAUGAAAGUGUGCAAUCUCCUUACCUUCAUGCAUGAUGUUAAAGCAGCCUUUGCGGAAGACAAGGCAUAUCUCCAGUUAAAGUUCCACUGUUUUCUGCAGCUGUUUGCCCAGAGUGGCACCGGACUCGUAUUCAGUCGGACCGGCAGCUGAACAUCUUUCUGCAGUUGUUAGACGACACUGGGAAUUUUAAGACUUUUAUUUAUAUGGGUGUAUUGAUUUGUGCCGUGCUCACACGAAAACAGACUUUGCUCUGAAUAGAGAGACGGAUCGAACAGCAGACACUUUCCCUAACUUUUUUACGCGCGUGGCCACUGCAUCGCUACUUAGCCUACUGCCUUACUGUGCUCACUUACACUCAGACUGUUGGGACAAGCAGACUGUUAUUACACCACAGAACACUCUAACCGGCUGAGGAUUUUUUUGUCAUUUCAACUCAGUUUGCUGAUAACGCGCAUGUGAACAGAUUGAGCGAUGGUGGAGCAGACGAGCACCACGGACAACACUGACGUGCUUCCCGGUGAAUCUGGGGAAAUGGACUUAGACAUGGACGCAUCCCCGACUCCCGGGUCCCCAAGCUCGACCGGGGAUAAGAUGGACGUCGCAUGGUGCAAGACCCCGAGUGGGCACAUCAAAAGACCGAUGAAUGCCUUCAUGGUAUGGUCGCAGAUCGAGAGGCGCAAGAUCAUGGAACAGUCUCCAGACAUGCACAAUGCUGAGAUUUCCAAGCGGCUUGGCAAGCGCUGGAAACUGCUUAAAGACUGCGACAAGAUCCCCUUCAUCCGGGAGGCCGAGCGUCUGAGACUGAAGCACAUGGCUGAUUAUCCGGACUACAAGUACCGGCCACGGAAGAAAGUCAAGUCGUCCAGCGGCAAGGCGGGAGACAAGGGGGACAGGAGCAGCAGCAAGUGUUCAUCUAAGAAGUCCAGUGGGUCAAAAUCCCUCAGCCGGACGCACAAGUCAGGGCUGGGGAGCGCCAAAUCGACUUCACCUGAACAAGUUUCACACUCCGUCCCCACAGACCACUACUCCUUGUACAAGACCAAGUCAGCCUCAGCAGCGAAGCAGAUACCAGACAAGCCAGCCAAGCGUGCUCACAGCAUUGGAGGGAGAAGCCAUGACAGCAGCCCGCCUUCCGUGGCUGUGCCAGCGAGUCCCACCCUCAGCAGCUCGGCUGAGUCUGACCCCCUCAGCCUGUACGAGGACGGAGUGACCGGGAAAGAUGGGGACGACUCCCCAAGCACACUGUCGGCCGGGCGCCUGAACUACACGCGGGUGUCAUCCCCGACACCGUCCGCCUCCCACUCUUCCUCAUCACAGUCCUCCUCCUCAGAUGAGGAAUUCGAAGAUGACUUGCUGGACCUUAACCCCAGCCCCGGCUUCGACAGCAUGUCUCUCGGCAGCAUAGGUUCGGCGGCUUUGGACAGAGAUCUGGAUUUUAAUUUUGAGUCGGGUUCUGGCUCCCACUUUGAGUUCCCCGACUACUGCACUCCUGAGGUGAGCGAAAUGAUAUCUGGGGACUGGCUUGAGUCGACCAUUUCUAACUUAGUAUUCACUUAUUGAACGCUUAAAGAGUCCAGAAUUGCCAUUAGAAAACACAGCCAGUGCUUGUGAUGACAUCUUUAUGACUUUCGUAAAGAUAAGCAGGAUUGCGAAGUCCCGUUGAAACAAGCCAGAAAACGCCCCGUUAACCACACGAUCCAUGUGUGUCUGAAAUUACAGAACUAGGACUCCGGGUGCCCUCUCCCCUGACAAGAGCGCAAAUGAAAAUGCUUAGCUUGCUCAAUUGGUAGCUGGGAGGGAUGAUGAUGCCAGCCAGUGUGUGCUCCAGACGCAGUGACUUACUGAAGCAGGCGGUGAGCCUGAGACGUUUGCACCGGGGCGAGUUGAGGUUGUCUCCCCGAAUGAACUGUUUCGAUGAAAAGGGACUCUGAGAGAAGUCUGACCAGGGUAUGCCGAAGAAAUGGAGGUGGAACACGAGUGAAACAGUGGAGAGUCCUCACCCCCAUCAUCUACAUGGUUUAUGUACCAUAAAGUGGUGGCUUAAAAAACACUUACGAACCGAAAAGCAUGCUCUCGUUUUGAGAUUUAUGUAAGAACUGUCUAACAGUUUAACUAGUGUUAAUUUAAAUGUAAUGACGGCGCAAUGUUUGAUGACGCAAAAAGGAACACAAUCACCAGCUUCUGUAACUUUCAGGACUGAAAUGCAUCGCAGAUGCGUUUCACUUUUCAACACUACAAUUCAGGACCAAAUUUUUUCCAGAGGCGUGUACUUUUCCCUCUGUCUUUUCCUCUUUUUCCAUCCUCGUGUUUUCUCCUUUUUAUCUUUCUGUGCUCAGAUGGCAUUUUAUAUUGACGUGUUUAAAUACAGGCCAAACAUUUUUGAGUUAUUGUUCUCGUAGGUCUCGUGUACACAUGCACAUGUCC